GAUGCCAUAAAUGAAGAACAAUUGUUUAUAAAAUGACGUCAGACAGGUGUUACUUGUGACGUUGCGUAAAUGUAUUCGCAAAGUUCGUAUGUAUUCGCGCAAUAACAAAACGCACGUGUUGAGCGCUAACGUAUUGAUUGGUUCGUUGAGACACGCCACUUCCUCCAUUUUUAGUAUAUUUGUAAUAGACUAAAACGUAGUGUGUUCAUUUAGCGUUUGAUCUCCCUCGCUAUAGUAACAACUGGCCAAACAUCUGUCCAAACGCUCUACAGUUUAAUUUUACAUUUAUUGAAUGCGUGCCAACUUUUAUCGCAUUUAUAAAUGCCUUCGACGUGUAUCAUUUAGUGUUUACAUUCUGAAUUAAACUUACGGAUUUGACUUUGAAUAUCCCUGCUCGCUGCUCAUUUGUUUAGAAUUAUUGAAGAGGUGCAACUAACAACAUGGCAGCUUUCGUGGCCAAGCAGAUGAUGGGAAGCAAAUUAAAUGCAGUUAAAGGUCAGAUAGGAGGUGAUGGAGAAUCUACAGAAGACAAAGAAGCUGCUGAGGAAGCUGAACAGGAGAGAUUGGAAGCGCUGCGUGAAGCCGAAGAAAGGAGAAAAGAAAAGCAUAGGAAGUUGGAAGAAGAAAGGGAAAGAAUGAGACAAGAAAUAAGAGAUAAGUACGGCAUCAAGAAGAAAGAAGAAAAAGAAAUUGAUCCAUUGAACCAACCUAUGCCUGAAGGUAGUCUCAAUCGAAGAAAGAAAACUCCUGCAGAAAUAGCGGCUGAAGCAGAAGCAGAAGAACAAGAUGACUUCACAAGAUGGAAGAACACAAUAGAAGCACAAAUGGCCGAACUAAAAAAUACGAUAGAAAGUAAAUGCUUGAUUCAGUGAGUAAUGUGUCUUAAUUCGUUUGACGUUAUGCAAAAAAAAAUAAUAUAUAAAAAAUAAUAAAAAAUAAAAAUAAAUAAUAAAAAAAUAAACUUAACAAUGCAUUGGAGUGUCAACUUGUGAAGAAGUAGGCCUACAUCGUCAUCUGCUUCUACAUUAUAUCAAUAAUUCUUUUUCAUUAUAAGUGUCAAAAAAAUCAAGCUUAAAUGUCGUCAGUUCUAAUUAAAAAAUUAAAAAAAAAAAACACUAAACUAAAACUACAUAUUUACAAUUUAAGGACUCCUUUUAUUGGUGUGGUAUGCCUCGAGAAUUGAAGUAGACUUGUUGUGUGCUAAACAGGACAAUUUCUUAAAUAGCUGUCGUGUGUAUGUGCAUGUAUAUGUUCUACGUCACCUCGUGACGUAAAAAACAAGGGCAAAAUAUUAAGAUCUUUAAGCUCCUUUCGAUUCUUUUGUUGUUCCUUCAAGUGUCUUCACCAUUCGAAGGAUUUGUCUUCAUUUUCCUGACGUUAGAGUCCACACAACGAAAAUGAUUUAUAUAUAUAUAUAUAUAUACAUAUUAUAUAUAUAUAUAAAUACUCGUGAAGCAUGCCCAUAAAAUACAGCAAAAAUUUUGAAAAAAUUAAUUAAGUACCCCCAAAAAUUGAAGGAAAUCUUUCAUGUGCUGAAUGUAUCUCGCUAUAUCUAUAUGUUCUAUGUAUAUAUAUAUAUGUACUGUACACAUAUAUAUAUACAAAUAUAUCGGUGUUUAAUGGUAUUAUAUGGGCUUACUAAUCGAAAAAAUCUGGUGUUACUAUUGUUUUUUUUUUUCGUUUCGUAAGCUAACAUUAUGAUAUAUAUGUGUAUAUUUAUUAAUAUUAUUUUUUCUUCAUGACAGGGGUGAGAUUCGCUUCAAUAUUAUUAAAUAUGGUUAUAUAUAUAUAUUUAUAAAAUAUAACUGAACUGGUUAUAAUUAAGGUGAGUUUGUGUAAUAAGUGGAAAACAAAUGAAAGGAAAUCAUCGCUUCGCAUCGUAGCGCGCCGACGCGACGCGAACGUUCUUCGUGUAUCUAGUCGGUGACGUUACAGAACGUUUACUAAUUCAUCCCCAGGAAUUGUAUUAUUAAAAAGAAAACAAAAUUAUAAUGCGUCCAGAACUAAACACUUAACUAUGUUUAAAGCGUGGUGUGUUAACUAACGUCGCUUAGCAUCGCGCUCGUAUGGUGACGUCGGGUCGAAAACCCACUAACAAUCGCUAGAUGAAUGUGUUUUUGCUAUUAACUCGUAGAUACGUAAAAGUUAUAUGCGCUAAUGUAAACUUGACAGAAAAAUCAAUAGGCUGGAUAAAUAGGUGCGCUAAGCAACGCGACGCGAUCGUACGCGCAGCGAUACCCACGCAAUCAGUACUUAAAUGUUGAUGUUAGAAUUUAAGGCUUUAAAUGAUUUAAAUUCAUUUAAAUUUAAUUUUAUUUUUUACCUUUUUUCCUGCAAUUUUCUCUCGUAGAGCAGCGUAAAAAAAAACUGAGAGAGAUUUUUUUUCUAUCUGUUUAGUACGAUAGACUUAGUAGAAAAAAGCUUAAAAAUUUCAUAAAAUUCGAAUAAAAAAAAGUCAAAGGAGCGUGUGGCAUCCUUAAAAUACGAUUAUAUAAGAUUGUGUAGAAAAAUUCCCAUUUAAGUUAGUUUCGAAGCGAAUUUUAUUUUGAUCCAAUUCUUCUCCCUUCAACACAUUCUUCUGCAUGAGAAGUUUAAUAUAUGCAUUGGUUUCUUGUAAAAUAAAGAAUUCAGUAUCCUUUAUAUAUAUAUAUAUAUAUGAGAAAUCAUUCAGUUUACAUCCAAAGCCAUCAUACGACAUUUCAAAACAAUCUGUUUAACUUGGAGUUUGGAAUCAAAGUUUUAUCCUAUUUGUGCCAAACUUUGUUUAGAAGAUUAUUUUUCUGUUCUCUUUACUUGUUUCACUCUAAUAUAGAGGAAAAAAAAGAGGGAAGACAAAGUUAUACUGACACCUCACUGUCCAAUAUUGCAAUUUUCUUUCUGUUUCGUACUUUCGAUAUUGCUUUCUAGUAUUAUUGUACAAAAUAAGUCUCCCCUUUUUUUUAUUUUAUUUUAUCAAACGGAUAAAAUUGAUUUCAUAAGAAAUUCAAUAUCACACUCGGCUGUAACAUUAACGAGUUUUGUAUUAAAUUUUCACAAGCGUGAUUCUUCUAAAAGGUUCAUUAACCACUUUACCUAGACUUUAUUCUGGAUAUUUAUUGGCUUUUACAAUUUUUAUUCGAUGUUUUCCUUGGUAUUUUUUAAAAGGAAAAAGACCUUAUACAAAAUUAAUUUCCUUAACCAAACUUUAUUUAAUUAUAAACUUAAGUAAAAAAAAUAUUUUUUUUUAAGUGGAAAAAUUAAUUCUAAAAGCUUUAAAUUUAUGAAAAUAACCCGCUUUAUUUAAGGUUUAGGUGAUUGUAUCCAUCUGUAAAUCCAUGCAUAAAGAGGAAAUUACUCAUCCUUUAGCACGUUAAAUAUUUUAAACAUUACGUAGAAUCUAUGUAAAAGGUAUAUAUAUAUAUAUAUAUUUAAUUUAAUAUUAACCAAGUUAGUAGUGAUGUCAGUGACGUUAUUUCAUGUUUCUCCUCCGUUUUGUGUCGGUAUUCUGCGCACUAGUGUACCUGUAAGUAAAUGUUUGGUAAGCCAUUAGCUGCCUUUUAACUCUCGCUAUUAUAUAUAUAAUAUAUAUAUAAACAUAAUAAUAAUAAUAAGUAAAAAUGAUCGCGAAUCAUCUCUUUAGUCUUUUAUCAUUUUGAUUAUUUUAUUUUAUUUUUUAUUUUUUUUUUUGAGUUAAUUAACAAAAUGCCACAGGAAAAACAAGCCUUUGUCUUGCUAACAUCAACAUGCAGACUGCUAAAAAAAAUCACAAAAAAACAGGCAUCCCGCCUCAAUAUUCCUGGAACCAUUAAGAAAAAAAAACAAUACAGAAUAUAGAAAGAAGCUAUAUUUGUAUUAUUAAAAAAAAAGAUAAAAAAAAAACAAUUAUAUGUCCCGUGGUGUUAUA